AGAGCUCAAAAACUGCAAGUUGACGUUGGAUGUUGGAUGAAGCGGUAGAACUGUAGAACUGUGCUACGGCAUGUUUAGUGUGUUGUUGUGUCUUUCGCUACUGACUACCUUUAUUAUUUUGGUAGUUAAAUUUUUUCAGUGGCAAGCCCAGUGUUGGUUUUGUAGUUUUUAUAUGCGAGUACCAUGGGUGAACAGGAACUCAUUUGUUUGCAGACAGUGUGGUCAGUAUAAUGGAUUCACACGUGAUGGAGACUAUAACAAAGUGAUCCUGUCCCAGUUUAGUACAGAGCUGAACCCGUUUAGUAGAUACCAGACUCCCAAAACUUUUAAAUCGAACUCUGACGUCCUAUGUUCAAACUGCACUGAUAAUCAAGCCAUUAUUGUUCGAAAGCUGUCUGAGUAUGUGCCUCAAAAUGAACAUUCAGCUGAAGAAAUCAAAGGAUAUGCGCGUGUACUCGAGUCAAAGUAUGGCUUAUGUAAAAUUUGCUGUCAGAAAGUGAAUGAAAGGCUUCGAAAACUGGAUUCGAAACUGUUACCAAGUUUCAUUCAAUGGUGGCACGAAAAACGACGUAAAACUCCGGUUACCGACAAUGUUAUCAUUCUGAAAGCCCGUCGAAAAUCCUUGGCUUGGCUUGAGCUGCUAAUCGUCUUAAGAAUAACAAGCAUAGUAUGCUUUUUAUGCAUUGUCAGUGGUCCACUUCUAACUGAGAUAGGCAAACAAACGUGUCUUGUCCAUCUGUCAACAAAUAAAUCUUACACUCAUAAGUUUAUUGAAGUAUUUUGGCCGAGUGUUUGUCGGCGUUAUUCCCGUGUAUACUGCUCAGAAAUUUUGGCCUAUUCACAACAUCUCUCUUUAUCUAAUACAGGUCAAAUAUGGUUUACCUCUUUGAUGUUGUGUUUACAGAUUGCGCUGAUCAUUAUGGAUGGUUUGGAACGCCGUGGGAAAAGACAAAGUUCUAAUCUUUCAAUAUACCGCCAUGGUAUGGAGUCAAUGAUUCUCCUGUGUAAUGUUUCCUUACUCCUAAUCUCUGCAAAUAUGCUCUUAUCUUUGUUAAUGAAUACACACGGCUUUAACUUUGGGGAUUUUACACAGUCAUCUGAUUCCUACAAACACAUAUUGCUUUUAGUUGGUUUUAUCUCUGUGAUUUUGAUUUUAGUUAUUAUGUAUGUGGCAGCGAUAUGGUUAUCAUUUUUUCUAAAAGAUUUUAAGUCACAACAGAAAAAACUACAAGAAACAUGGCCCGAUAAUAGUGGCUUGAAACGCCUUGCAUGUCUGCAAUCUAAUGACAGUAUGAGUUAUUAUUCUACACCAAGUCAGCAAUCAGCAAAUUUAACGACAAAUUCACUAAAUUCAAGCGGAAAAUCACUUGAAGAUGAGUUGGCUGCUGCAAGAAUAUCCCCAAUGAUGUCUACAAAUACGUUUCGACCAUCUGUACUCUACAACAAUAAUCAUAACUGUCCUAGUUUGAUUGGAUCACAGUAUUCUACUCUAAAUUCUCAGUAUUCUGUUACACCUUCCAACGUGUAUUCAACUCAUUACAAACUGAUGGAUCAACAAAGACCAGAAUCUUGUCAACCUAAUGAAGAUGCUUUGAGUUGUCUGUCAAGCGUAAGUCAAUGUAAAGCUGAUUCUGGUUACUAUACACUUGACUGCAAUACAAAUCAUCAUUCACCAGCCUACUCGUUGUCACGGUCCUCUGUUAUUAAACGUAAAUCUACUACAUCAAAACUUAAACGGCGAACUGGUUUAAUACGUUUCAUUUUAUUUUUACUUUUUGGUCGACUGGAAACAUGGCAAGAUGUACGCUUUGAAUUGACGUGUUUAGCAAAUGCAGUUUUACUUGGCGUUGUUAUUUAUUGUACGUGUCGACUUGCUUUUUGUCUUGUCAAUAUAUUUGGUGUUUAAGACAAUUGUUAACUAGUGAUCUGUGGAUUUUUUAAAAACUUUUAUUGUCCCAAUGUACUUACUGUCAGUAGUGUGAGCAUUCAAGGAAUAUAAUCUCCUGCUCCUAUUGUAUAUAUAAGUUUCAAAAAGGUGUGUGAAAUAUAUAUGUAUCCACAACUUAA